UUCGCGCAUGCCCAGAGAGAGUGGCGGGAGUCUGCGUUUUCCGGCCAGAGGACAUGAUGCAGGGGGAGGCACACCCUAGUGCUUCCCUUAUUGACAGAACCAUCAAGAUGAGAAAAGAAACAGAGGCUAGAAAAGUGGUCUUAGCCUGGGGACUCCUAAAUGUAUCUAUGGCUGGAAUGAUAUAUACUGAAAUGACUGGAAAAUUGAUUAGUUCAUAUUACAAUGUGACAUACUGGCCCCUCUGGUAUAUUGAGCUUGCUCUUGCAUCUCUCUUCAGCCUUAAUGCCUUAUUUGAUUUUUGGAGAUAUUUCAAAUAUACUGUGGCACCAACAAGUCUGGUUGUUAGUCCUGGACAGCAAACGCUUUUAGGGUUGAAAACUGCUGUUGUACAGACUACUCCUCCACAUGAUCUGGCAGCAACCCAAAUCCCUCCCGCUCCACCUUCCCCUUCAAUUCAGGGUCAGAGUGUGUUGAGUUAUAGCCCAUCUCGUUCACCCAGUACCAGUCCCAAGUUCACCACCAGCUGUAUGACUGGUUACAGUCCUCAGCUGCAAGGUCUGUCCUCAGGUGGCAGUGGUUCUUACAGCCCUGGAGUGACCUACUCACCUGUCAGUGGUUAUAAUAAGUUGGCGAGCUUUAGCCCCUCUCCUCCUUCUUCAUACCCUACCACUGUUGGACCAGUAGAAAGCAGUGGAUUGAGAUCUCGCUACCGUUCUUCACCUACCGUCUACAACUCACCUACUGACAAAGAAGACUACAUGACCGACCUACGGACUUUGGAUACUUUUCUUAGAAGUGAAGAAGAGAAACAGCAUAGGGUUAAGCUGGGGAGCCCAGAUUCUACUUCUCCUUCCAGCAGUCCUACUUUCUGGAACUACAGUCGUUCUAUGGGGGAUUAUGCACAAACUUUAAAGAAGUUUCAGUAUCAGCUUGCCUGUAGGUCUCAGGCCCCAUGUGCUAACAAAGAUGAAGCCGAUCUCAGCUCUAAACAAGCUGCAGAAGAGGUUUGGGCAAGAGUGGCUAUGAAUAGACAACUUCUUGAUCAUAUGGAUUCAUGGACAGCUAAAUUUAGAAAUGUAAGUUCUGACGUUACUUUUUGGACAAUAUUAGUGCCUCUUAAUAUGCAAAGCAUUACCUGUAUGUCCUGGAUUCUGUUAGGCAAUAAUCUGUGUUCUCUGUGUUUUGUUUUAACAGAGGCUAGUAUUACCAGCUUGAAACAAGCUGCCCUGGUCAAAGCCCCUCUCAUUCCGACUUUGAACACAAUUGUUCAGUAUCUAGACCUUACUCCAAAUCAGGAAUACUUGUUUGAAAGGAUCAAAGAACUCUCUCAGGGAGGUUGUAUGAGCUCAUUUCGAUGGAACAGAGGUGGUGACUUCAAAGGACGAAAGUGGGAUACAGACCUGCCCACCGAUUCUGCUAUCAUCAUGCAUGUAUUUUGCACCUACCUUGACUCUAGAUUACCUCCACAUCCGAAGUAUCCCGACGGAAAAACUUUUACUUCUCAGCACUUUGUUCAGACACCAAAUAAACCAGAUGUUACGAAUGAGAAUGUUUUUUGCAUUUAUCAGAGUGCCAUCAACCCUCCCCAUUAUGAGCUCAUCUACCAGCGUCAUGUAUACAACCUGCCAAAGGGCAGAAAUAAUAUGUUUCAUACAUUGUUGAUGUUUCUGUACAUCAUAAAGACCAAAGAGUCAGGAAUGCUUGGGAGAGUUAAUCUUGGUCUAUCUGGUGUGAAUAUAUUAUGGAUCUUUGGCGAGUAACAGGUCAUGUAUUUAAUUCCAGACAUUUGGACUUUUAUUUCACUGAACCAGAAGUCAAAACUAAACAUCUCUGAGCCACCGACUCUUCUGAAGUAAAAUACACAUGUGUGUAUGUUACAGACUCUUUAGAUUUAACGAAAAAGGUAGCAGUUAUGGAAUGUCAUUGUAAAAAUAUGUCCUGUGUCUUCUAUCUCAAGAGACAUUACCUUUAAUUUUAUAUUGCUUUUCAGAAAUUUCAGGUGACUAUAAAACUGCAACCCUUCAGAUUUUUACUGACUCAAAACAGUGCCAUUCCCCUUAAUGAAAUAGAUUUUGAGGUUUUUUUCAUUAUAACCCCCAAAUGAGAAUCAUCUACCUGAUCCUUGUGCCACAAAAAAUUUUUUUUCAAUCUUUUUUUUUUUUUUGAGACAGGGUCUCUGUCACCCAGACUGGAGUACAGUGGCACGAUCUUGGCUCACUGCAACUUCUGCCUCCCAGGCUCAAGCGAUUCUCCUGCCUCAGCCUCCUGAGUAGCUGGGAUUACAGGCACGCACCACCACACCCAGCUAAUUUUUAUAUUUUUAGUAGAGACGGUUUCACCAUGUUGGCCAGGCUGGUCCCGAACUCCUGACCUCAGGUGAUCCAACCACCUUGGCCUACCAAAGUGCUGGGAUUACAGGUGUGAGCCACUGCGGCCAGCCUCAGUUAUUUUAUUUAAUAGUAUAAGUACUUAGAAAGUAAGAAAAUUGCUGAUUUAGUUUUGUUUUGUUUUGUUUUGUUUUGUUUUUUAAUGUUUCCCCAGCGUUCUGCAAGUUAGGCCAAAGCCCACAUUCAAAGAAAUGAGAUUAACUCUUAAGUAAUGUGUUAAGUUUACAUAUAUUUUAAAAUAUUAUUAAAGGAGGUUUGACAGUAUUGACAUUUAAAAAGUCAACACUUGGAUUAACUUUAGCUGGUAGUAUUAAUUUGGGUUUUAGUUAAGAGUCUGAGGACAUCAAGAAAACUGUUUACCACUUUGGUUUUAGCAGCUCAGUUUUACUAUUCCAUAAUGUGUUAUUUUUAAAGUUCUCUUUUUAAGAUCACAGUGAUAUCCUGUUUAAAUUUUUAAAAUAUGUUCAAAAUAUCUGGAGAGAAGUUACCAAGUUUGUAUGUUUUGUUUGACUCACCAUCUUUAUUUUCUGUAUGUAUAUGUAGUAACUGGCAAUUGCGUAUAUUUUCUUGAUUAACAUAUUAGAGACUGCUUCCAUCAUCUUAUGUAAACCUGGAAACAGCUGAAACUAGUCUUUUCUGAAGGAACUGUAUGUCAGUAUUACUAGAUGUGCAUCCCAUUUUGUCAUUGCCUCAGACUUUGAAUAUAGUCAUUACUCUCUGGAAGAGAAGUAUAAUUAUUUUCUUUUUUUGUUAUAUGCAGUAUGGUUUAAGAUCUAGUAAUAAUACACAUAUGUAAACUCACUAAAGUAUCACCAGUAAUUAGUAAAUUCCAAAUUCAAGUCAGUACAGUUCUGUCUUUGUAAAUUCUGUCUUUCAAAAAGUUGUUCGUGUUUUUAAAAGUUGAUGUCCAAAGGAAAAGAGCUUCUUAUCUUUUAAGUACUUUCGGUGUAUGUUAAAUAUUUAUUUGCUAUGAUAUUCUAGAAGAAAAUAUCAAACAUGUUAAAUAUAAGAACAUGUUAAAAUUUAAAUUUGCUAUUUCAAAAGUUACUGAAGAUGUCUUGGAAUAACAGUUGUUAUGCUGUUAAACUAUAUAGUUGCAUACACUUUAUUAAAAGCACUAUGGAGAAAAAUUUUAACAAUG